AUGGAGAGGAUUCGGAGUGCCAGCGCAGUGGAUUCAGAGGCGACAAGCCUGCGGGGCAUGAUCUCACAAGGGUGGCCUUCGGCCAGAGAAAGGUGCCCCACGGAGCUGGGUGCUUUUUGGAGGUUCAGAUCCGAGUUGACCACAGAAAACGAGAUCAUACUCAGGAAUACGGCAGUGUUCAUACCGAAGUCCCUACGCCGAGAAAUGCUGGAAUUGGCACAUUCCGGUCAUUAUAGGUUCGAGGCGUCAUGGGAGAGAGCUAGAGAAUGCAUUUUAUGGCCGUCGCUGAAAGCGGAAUUGAGAGAAUGGUGCGAUUCGUGCAGCUCUUGUCUGUCUUACCAGCCACGCCAACCCAAAGAGAAACUAUCACUCACUCCGGAUGCAACGUAUCCGUUCCAAAUAAUCUAUCAAGAUCUCUUCACGCACAGUGGUAAACAGUACUUGGUGACAGUUGACGUAUAUUCGGAUUACUUCGAAAUUGACGACCUCGGCGCCGAUACUACGGCAGAGAGGCUCGUGAGAGCGACCCAGAAGCAUUUUUCGAGAUACGGGGCUCCCAUGGAACUGCAUAGUGAUAAUGGUCCGCAGUUCACGUCGGCAACGUUUCAAGAUUUUCUCGCUUCAUGGGGAACCGUUCACGUCACUAGUUCACCAUACUUCCCACAAAGCAAUGGGAAGGCAGAGGCGGCCGUAAAAGUUGCCAAAGGUCUGCUAAAGAAGUGCAAAAUCAACGGAGAAGAAUACGAAUACGCACUUUUAGAAUUGAGAAACACGAUUCAAUCGGACGGACUCAGCAGGGCUCAGAAAUUUUUCUCGAGACCUCUUCGCAGCAAGUUACCUUCGCGAAUGGACAGCAACUUCAUCUUCGACGAAAAUCUAGUGGAGAACAACGAGUCGAAGAGGAAGAAAGUAAAAUAG